AGGAAGAUGAUGUUGUAGUUGCUGAAAACACACACAGCUAUGGAAAAUAUGGAAAAUAGCUGUGCUGAGAAUGAUAUGGAUCUGAUCAACUCAACUGACCUUCCAAACUCAGAUGAAUCUGAUGUGAAGCCCAUUGUUAAAAAAGAAGUGGUGGACGACCUCCAAGAUGGACCUCAGGUUUGGCCUGUUAUUAAGAGAGAAGUUGUGGUCGACCCGCAAGAGAAACCUCCGGUGUGGCCUGUUGUGAAGACAGAAGUAGUUGACGACAGCUUUGGAGAAUGUUACCGGUGGCCGAUUCUGGACCCCGGGGGUGUUCCAACGGUUACUGGUGGAUGUCAGGAGUUGCCAGAGGGUGUUACCUGCACAAGCAAUAACAAACAUGAAAACCAGUCUUUUAUUAACACAGAAUGUGAUAAUCCCUCAACAGAACCUGAUUCCUGGUCCAUCAAAGUAGAAGGUGACGAUCCUACAGGUGAACCUCACGUGUGGCAAGUCGUUAGGCAAGAUGAGGGAUGUGAUUCUGACGAAAAUGAGGAGGAACAGGAAGGCACAGGUGGAACUCCUUUUGUAUCUGUUUUUUGUCGAAAAAAUUUCGCGUGUGUUUCUGCCUUGUUAAGACAUGGAACAGUUGGCAAACCUCACCCCUGUAAUAUCUGUGGCAAAGUCUUCAAGGGGCCGCGCUCUUUGAGAACUCAUGAACGAAGACAUACAGGCGAAAAACCUUAUUGUUGCUACACCUGUGGAAAAAGCUUCGCUCUGCAGUGCACGUUGAAAAAACACGAACGAACGCAUACAGGUGAAAAGCCUCACGCCUGCGAUAUUUGCGGCAAACACUAUACCCAGCGGGCAGGGCUGAUAGCACAUCGUCGAACGCACACAGGGGAAAGGCCUUACGCCUGCGAUACUUGCGGCAAACACUAUACCCAGCGGGCAGGGUUGAUAGUACAUCGUCGAACGCACACAGGUGAAAAGCCGUACGCCUGCGAUAUUUGCGGCAAACACUAUAACCAGCGGGCAGGGAUGAUAGCACAUCGUCGCACGCACACAGGGGAAAGGCCUUACGCCUGCGAUACUUGCGGCAAACACUAUACCCAGCGGGCAGGGCUGAUAGCACAUUGUCGAACGCACACGGGUGAAAAGCCUAACGCGUGCGAUACUUGCGGCAAGCACUUCACCCAGCGGGCAGGGCUGAUAGCACAUCGUCGAACACACACAGGGGAAAGGCCGUUUACUUGUGAUAUUUGCCACAAAAGCUAUCCUUAUAAAUGCGUCUUGGUGAAGCACCAACGGACACACGCAUCUGAAGGCAAAAUUUGAACUUGAAACGCCAUCUUUGUUUAACGACCGAUCAUUUUAUUUAAGUAUCAGUGGACAUGCAGGUUCAUUGCCUGAUUCCUGGUCCACAAGCAGUAAAAUCAAGCAGGUCAAUGACAUAAGGCGGAUU